ACAUCCACAGGCGCACCAAUUCACGCACCUGGUGUGUUGCUAGCUGCAGUGAGCUAUUGACCUGGAACAAUCGAAGCAACCUUGCAUCCGUCUGCACAGCGACAUUCCUCUUGGCCGCCGGCCGUCCCAGCGCACCACGAUGGCAGCCACAGACACAGAGCUCGCACGGGAACUUUCCGCGAUCAUCAAUUCCCCCUGUCCGGUCUCGUUGAUAAAAUUGGCCGGCAUCUUAUCUAGUACGGAUGCACUCACCGUCCGCGCCUGCAUUCGCCAGCAAUUCCCCUGUGCCGUCGCUAAGCUCGCUUCGAGCCUCUACGACGCCCUUCCUGUGUGGCAGUGUUGCGUGAAUAUCCUCGAGAGUCUUGCUCAAUCACUCGAGUUCAAGAAUGAACUACUCUCCCGUAACCCCGGGCUAUUAGAUGCGUUGCUCAAGAAGGCGAAUACAUCACAACAAAGCUUCGAACAGUAUCUUGGACUCUGCCUUCAGCUCCUUGCGGACCCUUUGCCUGAAGCUGUGCCUCUACCCGCAAGCGUCCAGUCGUUCUUUUUGCGGGUGUUGGACCAAACAUCACGCAAGCCGAACGUUCAAAAUUUGAAACCAAUAUACUACAUGCUCAAAGGAGCAUGUCGUGGGUUCCUAUCUCUACUGACCUUCGACGAAAAGCAGCUCUUUGAUGAGCAACUAUGCCAUAUUCUCAAGUCAAAGGUUGCUCCUGAAAACUUCAUGCUGCUGCUCUGGUGUUUCGGUAUUGCAAUCCUCGCAGAACAUCCAGAGCUUCUUGACAAUAAACCUGGAGCUCACGAGGGCCUUAGAGAUGGUACAGUGAACAAAGAUCUCUCUGUAGAAUGGGUCACUGCCGCAGGUCGAAAGUUGUUCGAAUCUCCACACGCCUGCAAAAAGACGAUCAAUCUGGCUUGUUUGAGCGUUAUCUGGGCCAUCAGAGAUGGCUCUAGCGUCCCAGAUGAUGAAGCAGUACAAGGCAUCAGAAUAGCAACCCGGGCCUUGCAGCUAGUCGAUCAGAGGACAUUAGAGCAUUGGGCUACCGCAGACAUGAACUCGAUAAACACGAUAUCAAAGCUUUGGGAGAAGAUCCAACGAUGCGAAGUGAAGCCCACAGUCCAACGUGAGGCUUUGUGCUUUUAUGCCGUUGUAGGCGGGCCGAAUAAGCUAUCUCCGGUGGUGGUAGAGACAUACGAGGCAGCGCUAGUGAAUUUGAAGGGUUGGUCCACUAUGGAGACUCAAACGUCGUUAUCGUUCUCGCUGCCUUUGUUUGCAGAUCGUAUGCAGCAGGCCUCCGUACAGUCUCUUCUCAGUCAGCUAUUGGAGAUCAAUCACUCCCCCGCUUCAGUUGAGCAAGUACAAAACGCAACAGUUUUGGUUAACGAAAUAGCAGCGAUAGCUUCACGGCAUGCAUCAUUCCGCUCCCAUAUAAUCACUGCCUUAUCUGAUCCCAGAGUCCAAGCAAGGAUCGAGGCAUUUCUUGCAUGCUGCACUCGGACCCAUGAAGAACACCAAGCGAGCUUCUGCCCGAGCCACAGCAGCAUCGUACAUCGACGGUUCAUCUCAGCAACAAUAUCUAUGUUACUCACUACUAUCGUUGCUGCAGAGCCGGAACAGUCUCCGCGCAUACCAUUGCGGUUAGCGACUGCAUUAGUUGAGAAACAAGGCCAGUUGUCAUUGCCUGCGAUACAAUGCACGCACACUCCUCGCCAACUUGCCCCCACGGUGUCCCUGUUUGAGCAAGAGUGUACACCGAUAUCUGGCCUUCCCUUGCAAGACUGGCGAAGUCGCCUCAAACAUGAACUGGAAAAUCAAGCUUCUUACCAACAGGAUUCACUUAUUCGGGCGGUAGCGCAGAUCUGCCAGGACUUAGAAAACCGAUGUGACAACGUUGAAGGCCCGCUUCGUUCCGAGCGGGAGAAAAUAAAAGCACUCACGGAAGAGCUACGCCAAGCUCAAGCAUGCGUGGAAUCUCUUGAACAGAAACGUAUGGACGACAAUUUGUUCCUUGGUACCCUCGAUGCAGAAAAAGCCCGGUUGGAGAAGGACAACGACGAGCUUUCCUCUAGACUGGAAGACUUACGGAUUCAGCUGGAAAAGUCUAAUUAUCAGGCGCACACUGCUCUUCAUGAAGCUGAAGAGGCUUACAACUACAAAGAGAUGCAUCUGAGGUCCGUCAUCCUUCAACACGAGGAGACCAUUGAGAAUUAUCAAAAAGAAAUACCAACACUACGCGAGAAGACGGUUGCACUUAGCGAUAAGCUUGCGAAAGAUGAAGCCGCAAGGUCUGAACUCGUCGGUCAGUACAACGAUCUGCAGAACCGUUUCGAGAAAGAAAAAGACAUUGUUGAAGAUCAACGACAGGAUCACGUCCGGCUAGAAGAUCAUUGCAACAAUCUCCAGGCUCGUCUAAGGGAAGCCGAGCGCGAGUUAAACGAAGGAAAGCAAGCUGCUGUUGAGAAGAAGGAGGAGCUAGUUCGAAUUACCCAAAAGGUUACUAUUUUGGAAAGUGAUCUACAACAGACAAGAACUAACUUGGCCAUGACCAUCGAAAGACUUGAAGAUUUACAAAUUCGUCACCACGAACUCGCUCAGUCCUCGACUAAAGCUUUGCAAGAAGUCGAGGCUCAAUGUGAAAGUGAUCUCGAAGCCGCGGCCUCGAAAGCUGCUGAAGAAUAUCAUCGUUUACAUGAAGCUUACGAUGACACUCGACAAGAAUUCGAGCGCGUUCAAGCAUCCAUCCCACCUCUUCAACUCCAGAUUCAGGAGCUUUCACAGGAAUGUCUCACGAAAGAGAAUGAGCUCGAGGGGUUGAGGGCCUGGCAGAUAAGAGUAUUUACCUCAAUGGGCUUGCCCGCGCCUGAACCAACUCCCGCCCGAUGUAUAUCGAAAGCUACGUAUCAGCAUGUUGAUGAUAUGCAACCAGGCUUGACUCAGGGAAUCACCAACACGGCCUUGGAUCCCUUAUCAGAUGCCUCGUUCUUGUCGAGUUCUCAAGUUUCGCGGGACGGGUCGACACCAAAGCGAUCGAAGUCGCGACACACGUCCACAGACCUCUCGGCCCAAGUGUCAUACAACAACCCUUGCAUGACAUCAAAGACGAUAAAAAGGCCUCAAGCGAAGCGCUCCGCUCUACGACCGAUAUCCCCAAAUCGGAGACUCACAACUGUCGGUGUUUCCGUAACUGAGCGAAAAGACGAAGCGGGUAGACAGAAUCUACCCUUGAGAAAGCGGCGUGGUAGCUCUCGAGGGAGUGGCGAAGAAGAUUUUGAGAUGUCCUUUGCAGCAGGUACGCCCUUCACCCCUGGAAAGUUCGCUGCAGGAACCGGGACAUGGCGGCAGGAAGAUGGCUCGAUAACAGAACUUUAAAACUUCCUGGACAUGGUUGGAAAUAGCACAAACGCAGCUCAUGUGUGUAUAGCGGAUGCUGAAAGACCAUGCGCCUUUUGAGCGAUCAUUCUUAGCUAUGAGACUGUCUGUACCAGCCACGCUGCUGCCCG